UAACCCUCGCAGGAAACAAAAGCAAUUAAAAAAUGUUGUGUGUAAAAGACAUGUAAUAGGAUGAGGUUGUUGUGCGGGCAGAGGUUGGACGAGGUCACGGCCAGUGCCAGAUCCCAUCUUGGUGGAGGGAUGUGCUCAUGUGAUGGGUAAUUAAGAUGCUGGAUGUGGGGACUGAGAGAGGAGAAGAGGGCAGAAAGACUCCUCGAUUUACCAGAAUCCAAGACCCGAUUUCCCCCCAAGUUUUUUGAUAUUAGAAAUCGGGGGCUCAUCUUAAAUUCAGAGUCCUGUUCCUUUGAAGUAAAUGCAGAUCGGAAGUCAGCCUGGAGAGGCGGAGUCGGUUGCUAGGGGUGACGCUUACGGAGUUCCGGGCGGGAGAUUCGGAGCCUGGAGAAGUCUGCGGAGGAAGGGAAGAGGAGGACGCGGGAAGGGAAGGAGGCAGCGAAGGAAGGGGAGCGGGACUGAGCAUGGAUAAGAAAAUCUUGGGUCUAGCAGUGCAAGAAAAAACAGACCAACUUCAGGCAUGCCUGCAAAACCUGAAAGAAAAGGAGCUGAAUGACUUGGUUACAAAGCAGGCUCUGAGGGGGAAGGAGAUUGGUGCCCUCCUGAGAGGAAUCUUCAAAGGUUCCUCUUGCUCCCAGCCGGGUGGGGUGGCCAGGAGGCUCAAUGUUUACAAGCACUGUGUCCAGCUGGUGGAGUCGGGCGACCUGCAUGCAGAAGUUGCGUCUGAGAUUAUAAGGCUGCUGAUGUUAGAGGCUCACCAACUGCCAGGCCCUGCAUUAGCUGACUUAGCCAUUUUCUUCGUUGAUGCCAUCAAAGGAGGCAGCCUGCUCAGCGGCAAAUCUUUGGAGUUAUUUCCUACCAUCUUGACUGCCUUGGCUACAUCGGAAGAAAGCCUCGUAUAUGGGGAAGGUGAACUGAGUGGGGAAGAAUUUAAGAAACAGCUGAUCAAUACACUGUGCUCCAGCAGGUGGGGUCAUCAGCAUGUGAUUCAUCUCACCACCAUGUUCAGGGACAUGCCGCUGAGUCCAGAAGAGUUGCAGUUUGUGGUAGAAAAGGUCCUCCGGAUAUUCUCUAAGUUAGACCUGCAGGAAAUCCCGCCUUUGGUUUAUCAGCUGCUGUUGCUUUCCGCAAAGGGCAGCAAGAAGAACAUCUUGGAAGGAAUAAUCCGCUUCUUCAACCAGAUGGACAAAAAGCAAAGGGAAGAGCAGAAACAUUCGGAGUCAGCAGAGCUCGAAGAAGCCAUGGUGCCCUUGGACCAACUCCGCCACGUGGAAGGCACAGUCAUCCUCCAUAUCGUGCUGGCUAUUAGUCUGGAUCAGGAUUUAGGAAAGGAGCUAUUGAAACACUUAAAGUCGGAGCAGCAAGCAGAUCCCAGCAGAGCCCUCUGUCCCUUCAGCAUCACUGUUCUGCUGUCAGUGGCCAGAAUACAUCGCUUUGAAGAUCAGGUGUUUGACUUUCUGAAAACUUCCAUCAUGAGGAGCUUCAAGGACAUGCAAUUCCUUCAGGGCUCCAAGUUCCUCCAGGAUCUGUCUCCUCUGCAUUAUGACAUAUCAGCCAUGGUUUUAGAAGUCGUGGCAAACAGUGUGUUUGGUUGGGAUCAUGUGACUCGGGGCCUGGUGGAUCUCGGUUUCAUCCUGAUGGACUCCUACGGGCCAAAAAGGGGGUUGGGAGGCAACGCGAAUCAUGGCCUUUCUAAAAGCCCAGCUCAGCAGGCCUGCAAGCUGGGGGCUGAUAUCCUGUUGGAAGCGUUCAAGGUCCACGAGCUGAUCAGAAGUGAAAUCCUGGAGCAGCUCCUGAACAGAGUCAUCACAAAUGCCAGUUCCCCCAUCAGCCACUUCAUAGAUUUGUUGUCCAGCAUUAUCCUGUCCGCCCCGCUGGCCCUUCAGAGCUCUUCCUCCAAAGUCACCGAGGCCUUUGAUCACUUGUCAUUCCUGCCUCUUGACACCGUUCAAGGGCUGCUUAAGGCGGUGCAGCCCCUACUCAAAAUCAGCAUGUCCAUGAGGGACUCCCUGAUCCUUGUUCUUCGUAAAUCAAUGUUUUCUGGGCAGCUGGAUGCCCGUAAGUCGGCGGUGGCUGGCUUUUUGCUCCUCUUGAAGAAUUUUAAGGUUCUGGGCAGUUUGACCUCCUCCCAGUGCAGCCAGGCGAUUGGCGCAAGUCAGAUCCAGGUGGACGUUCAUGCCCGCUAUAACUCGGCAGCUAACGAGGCCUUCUGCCUGGAAAUCCUGGGCAGCCUGAGACGAUGCUUAAGCCAGCAGGCUGAUGUCAGGCUCAUGUUGUACGAGGGUUUUUAUGAUGUCCUGCGCAGAAACUCUCAGCUGAGUAACUCUGUUCUGGAGAUGCUGCUAUCUCAGAUAAAGCGAUACUACGAACCAGAACCAGACCUGCUGCCGCCGUUAAAACUAGAAGGAUGCAUCCUGGCUCAGAGAGACCAAAUCUUCCUUCAGGAACCACUGGCUCACCUGCUCUGCUGCAUCCAGCAUUGCCUGGCCUGGCACAGAAGCACCUUAGCCCUGCGCCGACAGGCUGCAGAAGAAGAGGACGACGGUGACGACAGCGGCGAUGGGGGCUUCCAGCAGGACUUGGGUGAAAUGCUGGAGUCCAUCACGCAGCGAAUGAUCAAGAGCGAACUGGAAGACUUUGAACUGGAUAAGUCAGCAGACUUCUCUCAAUCUACCGGCGUGGGCCUGAAGAACAACAUCUACGCCAUCCUAGUGAUGGGUGUCUGUGAGGUCCUGAUCGAGUACAACUUCAGCACAGGGAACUUCAGCAAGAGCAAGUCUGAAGAUGUCCUGGGUCUGUUCAAGUGUUACACCAAGCUCUCUGAAAUCCUGAAAGAGAAAGCCGGAAAGAACAAGCCCCCGUCUGCAAAUAAACUUGCACGAAGCUUCCUUUCCAUGGGCUUUGUCGCCACUCUGCUCACGAGUCUCUUCAGGGACUGUUCCCAGAGCCAUGAGGAGAGCCUGGCUGUCUUGCGCUCCAGCAGCGAGUUCAUGCGCUACUCCGUCAGUGUGGCACUGCAGAAGGUGCAGCAGCUGGAGGAGACGGGGCAGACGGACGGGCCCGAUGGGCAGAGCCAAGAGAAGAUGUUUCAGAGCCUCUGCAAGAUCACCCGAGUCCUGCUGUGGAGAUAUACCUCGAUCCCGACUGCAGCCGAAGAACUGGGGAAGAAGGAGAAGGGCAAGAGCAUCUCGCUGCUGUGCUUGGAGGGUUUGCUACGGAUCUUUAACACCGUGCAGCACCUUUAUCGGGCGAAAAUCCCCCAGUUCCUGCAAGCGCUGGAUACUGCCAAUGAAGAUGCAGGAGAAGAGGUGGAUAUAAACGUUGCUGAGAAAACCUCCUUCCAGAUCCGACAGUUUCAGAGGUCACUAGUGAACCAGCUCAGCAAUCAAGACAACGACUUCAAUAGCAAGGAAGCCCUUUUGCUGAUCAACAUCAUCUCACUGCUUUCCAAGCUGCUGGAGCCCUCCUCGCCGCAGUUUGUACAGCUGUUGUCUUGGACGGUCAAGAUUUGCAAGGAAACCAGCCUAGAAGAUGCGCCCUGCUGCCGAGGUCUGCUGGCCCUCCUCUUCAGUCUGCACGCCCUCCUCAAGAGUCCCGUCAGCUUGUUGCGUCAGCUCGCUCGGGAUAUCCAUGCUCAGCUUGGGGACACAGAGGAGGACAUGGAAGUGGAGCCUCAGUCCCAUUUCGCUCUUGUGAACGCCAAGACGGCUGCUCCUACGGCUUGUUUGCUGGUUUUGGGCCAAGCGGAGAAGAUCCUUGAAGAGGUAGAUUGGCUGAUCAAUAAGAUGAAGAACCAUUUGGGAUCGGAGGCAGCAGAUGCCUCCCAAGAAGCAAACGAGACCCAGCUCCUAGAGAAAGCCACCAUGCUUCAGAUGGGGACUCUGCUGACCGCUUACCACGAGCUGGUGCAGACCGCCUUGCCUGCCGGGAGUUGUGUGGACUCUCUGCUCAGGAGCGUUGGCAAGCUGUAUGCCAUCCUCACCUCCCUUGUCAAAUACUAUAUCCAAGUGUGUCGCAGCACAACCUGGGGGAUUCCAGGGCGGCUGGAGAAGCUGGUCCGACUCUCGGGUUCCCAUCUGACCCCACAGUGUUAUAGCUUCAUCACCUAUGUGCAGAACAUCCAGAGCGAAACCUUGAGCUUUGCAGGAGAAAAGAAGAAGAAAAAGGACCAGACGGCAGCAGAGGUGACCACUGUCAUGGCCAAAGUACUGCGGGAAACUAAGCCAAUCCCAAACUUGGUUUUUGCUAUAGAGCAAUAUGAGAAUUUUCUGAUCCAUCUCUCGAAAAAGUCCAAGGUGAACCUGAUGCAGUACAUGAAGCUGAGCACUUCCCGAGAUUUCCGCAUCAACAUGUCAACCCUGGAGAACGCCCUGCAGGAACAGAAUGUUGAAGAUGUCGAGAGUGAGCCAGGCAAUGACCAGAGCAUUGCAUCUGCACAAUCGACUGACAGCCAGGAACCCAAGAAGAAGAGAAGACGAAAAAAGUGAAGCGCUGUCCUGUUUAUUCCCAGCCUUGGCUUCUGUGCACUUUACAUAGCCCUAACGGGCACACAGCGCUGCCUCCUAACACAAGCUUUAACAGGGCGCACGUUUGAAGGGAUCUCUUCGUCGUUUGAAUCACCCAUGAUCUCUUGAGAGCAUGUACCAAAAAUGGUACAUGCUCCUGAAGAACAGUCCUGAAGAACAGUCCUGGCCUAUCCUUGCAGCGUUCCCUUCUGGCCUGGAUCUUGUGGCACAGACCCACUGGGGAGGUCUGCUGCUACUAUAUCUGGCCCCACCCUCUUACUUCUCAGAGUGGAAAGAAAAGUCACUCUACUGGCCAUUUGCUUAAGAAAGAGACUGCUUCCGCGAAGACUCCCUGAGUUGCUCCAAUCCGUCUUUGCCUGAAUCUCAGGCCUUAUUUUGCUUUUUCCAAAGAGCCUUUGGUUUUUUCAAGAAGUUGAUAUAUAUCCAGUGCAUCACCUGAAAGGAACAAAAGUUGUUAAAUCGCUUUUACAUUUUCUUAGAGUCCAGUCAGCAGCAAACCCUUUAGACUGCUCAACUCUGGCCCUCCUGCAGAUGUUUGCCUACAACUCCCCUAAUCCCUGGAUAUUGGUCAUUGUGUUUGAGGAUUAUGGGAUUUGUAGUCCAAAACCAGCAGGGGGGCCUAAGUUGAGCAGACCUGCUUUAGAUCCAUUUGUUGUCUUAUGGGUCUCUAUGCAGAUCUUGUCCUAUAGAGUAGAAAUUGUUGUGUGUAUCUUCUGAAAAGGAACAGUAAUUGACAGUAUGUCUCAGAAUGUACUUUGCUGCCACUAGGAUUAUUGUUAUGAGGAACUGGAGAAUAUUCCCAAAGGUCCUAUUAAUUGUCCUUUUUUCUAAAGUGCACUUUGUCUUAAAGAUUUGUUUAACAAAGGUUCUAUGAAAGCUUACUUUAAUAAUACACAAAACAGUUCCACUUAGAACAAAAUUGCUGUUGCAUCUCUAAAAAAUUAACAAGCCUUAGUUAAGAGCUGUUGGAACACCCAUUAAUUCCCAUCAAUUAAAAAGCGAUUAUGUUAAGUGCCAAGCAUAA